CCGAGUCGUGAUCGGGAGAAGAAUCGAAGAUGGGCAAAGCCAAGACCAAAGCCUUCAAGGAAGAGUUCUGUUUGGACGAAUCACAGGAGAUUAUUGCCAAGUACCCCGAUCGAGUCCCUGUUGUGGCUGAAAGGUAUACAAAAUCUGACCUUCCUGAGAUGGAGAAGAAGAAAUUCCUAGUACCUCGUGAUAUGUCUGUUGGCCAAUUUAUCCACAUCCUCAGUGGCAGACUCCAUCUGGCUCCUGGGAAAGCUCUCUUUGUGUUUGUCAAGAACACAUUACCACAGACAUCGAGCUUGAUUGAGUCUGUUUACGACUCAUAUAAGGAUGAAGACAGCUUCCUGUAUAUGUGCUACAGCAAUGAGAAAACCUUUGGCUGACUUCACAACUCCAUGUCCCAUCGCCCGAUUAUUUUGUCUUGCUCCGAAUUUCUGCCCCAUAUAUCAUCUAUGUGGUCACAUCGUUUGUAUAUUGAUCAGCCUACUGUAAGUACUACUCAAUCUAUGUGUUUUAUGUUAUUGGAAUGGAUUGUAAACCGAAAUUGUUUGUUGCAGUUACUUAAUACUUUAUAAUUGCUGUGAUAAAAAAAGAAAAAAAAAA